UUUCAUGGAUGGAUCGUUAUAAAACAUGUUAAUACAACAACACAAAGGAAUAUGUUAAUGUUAACACAAAGACUGCUCAUUGAUGUGCGUGCAAGACAAUUGAAUGUUAUAAACUGGUGACGCCAACACAAUAAAUACACAUGUUGCAAUGGUAUCUUUUGUGCACAUGUUAUCACUGUGUUAAAUAAUUGUUUGAAGAUUGCGAAACACUCAUGAAACAAGUGUAUAUACAAAAGUGCUGAACAUUAUUUGACGUGACUUAUGUAAACACCAAGAACUCUCAAAUAAAUGGUGCUAGGUUAAUUGCAAAGGUCGGACAUAUUCAACAAAAUGUCGCAUGGAUUAAAUGAUACGUUUAAUGUCACCUCUGAUGACCACAGUGUCACAAAACAAAGGGAAUAUCCAAAAAGACUUCUGCAACUGUUUGCUUCACUCCGAGAACAAUGUCGUAUACAGAUGAAGCAAGAUCCUCCAUCAAAUCUAGAGGGUCCGUCGUGCGGCAGGACUGUGGAUAACUGGGGUGGUUGUUGGCCGGAUACUCUUCCCAACACCAUGGCAACUAUAGCCUGUCCAGAAAUACCAUCAUUCAACAUCAAGGAAACAGCGGAAAUGUAUUGCACAGAAAAUGGAACAUGGUCUACAGAUAAUGAUACGGGCAACAUGCAAGCUAACUACAGCAGGUGCUUCACAGAAGCAGAUCCAUUCGAAGGCGACACGAAGUAUGUUUACAUAUAUAUUGGAGGAUUUUCUCUGUCUCUGGUCCUCUUGAUCAUAUCUCUUGCAAUAUUUCUACGAUUCAAACAACUGCGCUGUGACCGAAUUACAAUACACAUAAACCUGUUCCUAUCCUAUCUGCUUACGGGAAUAGCAUGGAUCCUUAACUAUGUUCUUGUCAUGUUAAAUGGAGACGUCCUCUUGGAAAAUCCGGUGUGGUGCCGGAUAUUACACGUUAUUUGUUAUUACUUCGUCACGUGUAACUUCAUGUGGAUGUUUUGUGAAGGCCUCUACCUAAACACAAUAAUGGUGUACGCAUUUACCAGUGGCAAAAAACUCCUUGUCUGCUGUUACAUUAUUGGCUGGGGUUUCCCAUUUGUUGUUGUGGCCAUCUACGCAGGCAUCAGAAAUAGUCUAUACUUAGAAACCCUCGAUUGCUGGAUGGGCGAGAUAAGCCUUAUGUACAUCAUGGCUGGUCCAAUAUGUGCGUCCAUACUUUUAAAUUUAAUAUUUUUGAUAAACGUGAUGCGGCUUUUGAUGACAAAGCUUCGAAGAAUGCCAGAAAUUGUCCAAACAAAAAAGGCCACAAGAGCUACCCUGAUCUUGGUGCCCCUACUUGGCCUGCAGUUUCUUCUCCUUCCCUGGAAACCGAACGAGGGCACUGUCCUGGAGAAAGUGUAUCAUAUAGUUGUAGCCUUGGCUAUUUCCUUACAGGGAGCGUUUGUGUCUAUGAUGUACUGUUUACUGAAUGCUGAGGUGAUGUCUGUUAUAACGAGAAAAUACAACCAACACAGGCUGAUGAGAAAACGGAGUAGUUUCCGUUCCUCGACCAAUCAAAAUGGUGCUUACUCUACGGUGGACAACACACAAUUACAAAAUGGACGGGCUGGUAUUCAUAAGGCGCAAAAUACCAAUAACGAAAUCGUGAGUGAAUCUAGUAGUUAGGUAACGAAGUAGAAUGCACUGUACUGGAGGGAGAGAUAUUCCAUUACACAGUGCAUAGGCCACAUGAUUAGGUUGCUGAUUCUGAAAAGAGGUUGCUGAAGUAUAUAAAGGAGAAGUGUGCGAUUAAAAGUCAGCAACAUCCAUGCGUAUGCUUUUCAUUAUGAAAUAAAAAAAGGAACGCUUUGCUGCCUGGAGAAUUGAUUGAAUAUUAGACCGUUCCUAUGACAAAUAAUUACUUUAUACAUUCUGUUUGUGGUAAAUACAAACACAGUUCGAAUGCCGUUCGACUUGAGUGCUGUAUCAACGUGUUAUGCUUUUGAUUUUAAGAAAAAAACAAAGCUGUGCUCCUUGAAUAAGCGAAAAUAGAUAACACAGUUCGUAAGCAACUUCGUUGCUGAAUGAACAAGGAAAUUCAUGAUGGUGAAAAUAGAAAUAUAUAAUGAAAUACUAAGUAUGUAACGUGAUUUAGACUAAGGAACACACUGUAUAAAGGUUGAUGCAUUUACAUAAUUUAACUAGAAGACUUUAUGAUUUUCAUCAAACAGUCAUAUGUUAGAACGAGUUAACGUUGUUGUACGAUUGUGUGUGUGAAGUAAAACAUAUCACCUUCUUAUUUGUUUAAAUUCAUGUUCUAUAAAUAGAGGAGAACUAAUAUUUUAUUUAAUUAAAAAUAAGAGAUAUUUUUAUUUUAAAAGUGUCACUGAUUUAUGUGUUUU